GCAUCCCAUCAAUGCCGCUGGAAAAGGAAAUAGCACAAAAAAUCAGAACACUCCAUCAAUCAAAAUCGGCGGGGACCAAUUGGAGAAGAUGAAGGAUACACGCAAAAGCAUUCAGACACAAAGUCUGAACCUUUUCUUCUAAACGUCAUUGCAAGACUAGACUCCUCUUUCUGCCGAGUGCCGAGGGAAGUGGGAGGAGAUGGAAACUAGGCAGUGGCCAUGGAUUCAAAGCUCACUGCCAUUCAUAGGCAUGGUUUCGGCAAUUGUAGCUUUAGCCACAAGCAUGAUUGUAAGCAAAAUGGCCAUGUCCAAGGGGAUCAGCUUUUACAUACUGUCCGUCUAUUCUAAUGGCGUCGCCACUCUUAUCCUCUUUCCGACAGCAUUUCUCCUGCACAGGUCAAAGCGGCCGCCAUUAUCAUUCCAUGUUCUCUGCAGGAUUUUCUUGCUUGCUUCUUUUGGAUGUUCUGCGGACAUUGUUGGUUAUGCUGGCUUAAGCUAUAGCUCCCCGACGCUGAGUUCAGCUAUGGCGAAUCUUAUUCCAGCAUUCACGUACAUCCUUGCCAUAAUUUUCAGGAUGGAAGAAGUACAUUUGAGAAAAUUAAGUACGAUUUCUAAGGUUUUGGGUACUUUGGUAUCCAUCUCGGGAGCAUUUAUCGUGACUUUCUAUAAAGGACCAGCUAUUAUUGGUAGAACAUUAACGUCUGGAUCUUCGACAUUACUCUACUUGCAACAGACACGGAAUUGGGUCCUGGGAGGACUUUUUACUGCUUGUGCUUGUCUUCUGACGGCAUUAUGGUGCAUACUACAGGCCUCAAUACUGAACAUGUAUCCAGCCGAGAUGAUCGCAGUCGCCAUUUACUGCUUUUUUGUGACAAUCCAGUCUUUGGUGGUUAGUCUGAUUGCAGAAAGAGAUUCAACUGCUUGGACAAUUGAAACGAAGAUUGGACUAAUUGCUGUUUUCUAUGUGGCUACAUUUGUUGUGAGAGAGGGAGCUCAAGGAAUUAUCAAGUUGAAACAAAAACACAAUUGUUGGGAAUUUAUCUGAGCAAUGAUGAGGCUAAAAUGAAUCCUAUCAAACUAUUACAGAGAUGAUGAUGGGUCGAAAACCCUUAUACAAAUAUACUUAUAAAUUCACGAAUAAAUAAAGAAUAAAUAAACAGAUAUGAAUAUACAAAAUAUAAAAACAGUAAAUCUCAGUAGAAAAUUGACUCACUAGACAGAUCCAUCAAGGAGGAAGCCCAAACACCACCAAUGGCCAGCGACCCCUUAAUGGUUGCUAAAACCCACAUUCACCAAGGUUCAGUCCACUAAGAAACACAAUAAACCACUCAGAACCACCAAGAAAGCAUCUACAAAGGACCACAAAGAUUUCUUCUCAAGAAUAUUUACAAAGAACAAAAAAACACAUAGAGUUCACAAAGAAUAGAGAGAGAGGAUGGAAUGACAGAGAUGAGGAGACGGGUUAUUAGGGUUAUGGAU